CAUAUCAAUCAUAUAUACUCUUGAACAAAUAUCAAUCAAAUCAUCCACCAUAUACAAGCAAAAAUGGUCACAAAAACAAAAACAAUGUCUCUAUCAUUGACACUCCUCCUCUUCAUCCUUGUAUCUACCGUCUCCGUAACCUCAACACAAAGAAACCUCUCUCCAGCGGCUGAAAACAAAGGAGUAUGGUGCGUGGCGAAUAAUAAAGCGACAGAUGAGCAGCUACAAGCGAAUAUAGACUGGUGUUGCAGCUACGAAGGAGGAUUCCGCGAUUGUACACCGAUCAAUCCUGGUGGAGUUUGCUAUGAACCAAAUACUCUAAGAGACCACGCGUCGUACGUAAUGAAUUUGUAUUACCAGAAUCUUGGCUCCACCAAAGACCAAUGCACUUUCAACGGUACUGGCACCCAGGUUCGUAAAGACCCAAGCCAUGGCGCGUGUAUUUUCAUAUCUUAUUAAUAUAUACAUAUAUGAUGUAUAUGUGUGGUAAAUUAUUAAGCCGAAUCUUCAAAUAAGUUGAAAAUACUAUGUAUGCAUCAAAUUUCUCUAAUCUAUAUAUAAGUUAAUAUGUAACUAUUGGAGUAUAUUAAUUCUCAACUUAUAGAAUAUCUCCAUAUUUCUCAAA